CAUUUAUCUACAUAAAUAUAACGUCUACACUGCUUCAUUAUACCAUUACUAUAACCAAGAUACCCAUAACUUGUAUAUUGAAAAUCAAAAUAAUUGGGAUAAUCAUGCUCUCCCGCCACUUCACCCCCCUCCUCCGCUCCAAGAUCCCCCUCACUCAGCGGGCCUCCCUGUCCACCUCCACUGCCAGAUGGAGUCAGGACUCAUCAUCCAGUGCUUAUAGAGAAGGCAUGGCCCGCUACAAACUUUUCGUGAGUCCCUUUGCCAAGGUCUUCCUCGGUGCCAUCUUCACCUAUCAGGUUAUCCACUGGACGUGGUUGAAGUUGGAGAUGGAUGAGUCCAAGGCAGACAAGAACAAGGAGGUAGAGGCGCUGGAGAAGAAGGCUAAGGAAUUGACUGGCGCGCAAAAAUGAUCAGUCCAUUUCAAUCCUUGGUUCAGUUGGUUUACUAGUAUAUACCCCUUAUAUUAUAUAUUCAUGUCUAUGUGGAAAGUG